CUAGUCACCAGAAGGAUGCACUGCAGGACUGACGCAGUGUGAUGCGACAGACAGGCCCUUUUUUCGAGAGCUGGGUUCGACGCAUCGAGUAAAUCAUAAAACUCAACCACCGCGUCGGGAAGAAUAGAUUGCGAACAUCGCGAGAAUAUCUCGCGAACAUUCCGAGAAUAGAUUACGGCCAUCGCGGGAGUAGAUUGCGAACAUCGCACAGUAGUACAGUCCACAUCCGCGUGGCUGCGGAAAACCCCGGAGCGAAAAAACUACCGUUCACUUUCCCCUGCUACCGGGUUACCAGCCAUGGCUCCAGCCAUCAAGGCGGCGAAUAGAGCGAAAUUCGCUCUUCUCGGCUUAGCGACUAUCGUCUCGCUAAUUCUGCUCCGUCUGAUCGCGAGCACCGUUCCGGAGAGCGACGGGCUCAUGUCGGUGGGCGUUGUGGGCGAGGCGAACCAGGUGGAGCGAAUCGGCGCGCUGCACAAGGCGUGGCAGUCGGCAUACGGCUUGGACCAGGCCCCUCUGCUGCUCCCCCCCAACCCCAUCGCUCUGCCCCGCCACGUCCCGCCACCCCCCCACCUGGACGACUGUGCCGCCCGCACAGGGGUCCGGCAGGGCGCGGAGAGGGCCGGGGCGGUCUGGGCGGCGCCGGGCGGCAACGGCUCGUCCUGUUGUGGGUGCUCGCCACAACCACCAUGGGUCUACGGCCCAGACGAUUCCAACCUGGCCAUGACGCGCACCGUGCAGCGAGACAUCUGGCAGUCGCAGUUCCCUGUGGGCUCCUGCGAGGGCAAGCGCCUGCUGAUAGCGCCGUGGCCGGAAGCACCAACUGGCGAAGCGGGGGAGGCGCUGCAGCAGGGGGGAGUGGAGGGGCAAGGGGGGGAGCAGGGAGGAGUGGAAAGGGGGAGGGGAGGCCUGGAGGGCCUGGCGUUCCAGGUGCAUGUGAUGGGCGCUCUGUUGGGUUUGGCUGUGGAGUCUGGCCGCGUGCUCGUUCCUCUUGCGGGCUCCUUCACCUUCGCCAACAACUCGGCAUGCAAAGGCGUGGGCCAGCUCGGCCAGUGGGAGUGCUUCUUCUCCCCCAUCGCCUCCUCUGACUGUGUCAAGCUCGCCCAGAAAGCGGUGCAGAGCGGUGCCUUGCGGUGCGGCGCCAAGCACAUCCGCAACGUGGCUCUGUCUGCUGAGCCCACAGUGUGCCUGCAUGCCAGCUUCGACUACAACGAGCUCAAGAUGCAGGCCGCUGUGGUCAGCAAGUGGGGAACGCCCCACUUGCAGCGGCCAGACACCCUAUACCGCCCAACGUCCCCUCCCCCCACGCCUGACAACCCAUCCCUCUCGCUGCCCCAGGUACGCUGGUGGCGAGCCCAGGCCACCCGCUUCCUCAUGCGCUGGCCCUCCCUGCACCUCUGCCACGUCACCAACCUCAUCCGCCACGUCAGCACGAGCUACCACUUGGCUGCCAGGCUGGCGUUUUUCGAGGAGACGCAAGCAGAGAUCAUCCGUGACGUGGCAGGUGACACAGCAGGGCCGGAAGCCAGGAGGAAUGUGAUGAAAAGUGCACAAGCCAAGGAGUUCUUAGGGAUGGAGAUGGGUAAAGGGGUGGAGAAGGAAUCUGUAGCAAAGACCUCCUGGGCUACUAAGGGGGGGAGGUGUGAGGUGUGUGAGAAGGAAGGGGGGAAGGGAGAGGAGGAGGGGGCGGGAGGUGUGGCAAGUGGGGUGAAGAAGGAGGGGAUGAGUGCGGAGGAGGAGAAGAAGUGGCGUGAGGAGUUGGAGAAGAAGCAGAGGAACGUGCUUUACUACGUGCAGAAGAACAACGAGCUGGUGGCUGGGGUGGGCAGAGAGCCGUACAUCACACGGCCGCUAGUGAGCCUGAUUAUAGAGGGUACGGCUGGGGAGGGGAACGCAGGGGGGGUUGGGGAAGAGGGAGCAGCAGCGGGGGGUGGAGGAGGGGGGGUGGGGAAGGAGGUGGAAGGGAGAAAGUUGGAAGGAAGUGAGGUGGAGGCGAAAGAGAAGGAGACCACAGAUAUGGGGGGACAGGGAGCGGAGGGGCAGGGAGCAGAGGGGCAGGGAGUGGGGGAGAAGGGAGUGGAGGAGAAGGGUGGAGCGAGCAACGGGGGAGAGGUCGAGGGGAGUGAGGUGCUGAGCUCGCACAUGCUUCAGGUGCAUCAGCUGCGGCUGGUGGAGCCUCAUUUGGACCACGUGUGGCUGCACACCCAGUCCCAGGCUGUGAUCCGCAGUGCCUCCAGCUACCAUGAUUGGACGUUCCUCCAUUCCACCAAUCAGACAGCCCCACCCUCCACCUCACUCCAACACACCGACCCAGCAGCAGCACCAACAGCGCCAACAGCAGCAGCGAGGGGUCUGGCCAGUCUGCUGGUGGCGUCUCAGGGCGAUUGCUUUGUGGGCGGGCUCAAGUCGCACUGGGGAAGGCUGGUGAACGAGUUGCGCUCCACAAAUGGCCGCCUUUUCAACCUCUUCAUUGCCAUGGAUGAUGACGAAUGGUGAUUCUUUCGUCCAUUGAUUUGAUCCUUAGUGUGAUUCGAGUCUCUAUACGACCUCUAGGUUUGGCCAGUUAGAAUGCAAGAAUGAUUGACUAGUGUGAGAAACCUAGAACUUAUACCUGUUGGGGUUGUACUCACUAGAAGCUACCUAGGCUAGCCUAUAACUUCUACAUACAACAUAUGUAUAAGUUGACACACCCCCUAGGCUAGAGAAGGGGUGGUGCUAAACAAGAAGCACACAACU